AUGAAAUAUAUGUGUGUUAUAGAUAACUUAAUCUAUAUUAUCAAUGAUUACAGCGUUAUUAUUAUCGAAGACUUUUAUUCUGCAAAAGAAAGUAUUAUAACAUUUGAUGAAGCAGUUCUAGGCUAUACACCUUUUUAAACAAUAGAGGGCUAGAAGGUUAUUAUACUGCUAACAGAAUCUGGUUUGAUUCUUGUUGAAAAAAAUAUUAUAAGAACGAAAUACGACAUAUCAUCUUUAAACUUAUUCAAAUAAGCUUUGAUCUUAGCAUUAAAUACUACAACUUUACUCGUGUUUCUCAGUCAAAAUAAUCAAAUAUCUAAAUUUAUGGUAAUGACAAUAAAAAUCAAUAAAGAUUUUUAAAUAAAGUCAUAAAAGUUCAAACUAAUUUCAAAAUAAAUAUAUCUGGGUAUUCCAAUAAAUGUCUUCAAAUUAAAUAGAAAUCAUAUAGUAAUAUAGUUUCAAUUUGCUAUUGAACUGUGUAAAUAUAAAUAAAGAUCAGGGAUCAUAAAAAUAAUAAAGGUAAUAAGAAACAACAGGGGUAUAAUAGAGAAUAUUUUCAAUGUCAAGAGUAAAACUAAAAUAGGAGUUAGUGGAAAUGGGAAAAUUGAGCAUUAUGAGUUUAAUAUUUAAAAACUUUCAAUUAGAGCAGCACCCAAUGCAAGAGGACCCUCCUUACAUUCAAUCUAUUCUAAUAGUUACUUUAGAUUAUAUAAAAAGGAUCCUCACAUGCUGAUUUUCCAAGAGAAAAAGUAUAAACUGCUGAAUAAAGAAAAUUUCGAGAUUAUAGAUAGCUCUAUAUGCCACCCUAGAAUCUUGUAAAUUAUAGAUUGA